AUCGAUCUGGACUCCUGUACAGGGAGUCAGACUAAUGGAUGGACACCAUGAGGGCUUUGCUGCUCCUGGGGUCCCUGCUGGUAAACCUGGAGCCAACACUUUCACCUCCACCUUGGAAAGCCCCCAAGGAGGAUAAGCACAAGGUGAAUGAGCACACAGUGGUUCUCACUGUCACCGGGGAGCCCUGCCACUUCCCCUUCCAGUACCACCGACGGCUAUACCAUAAAUGCAUCCACAAGGGCCAGCCAGGCCCCCAGCCCUGGUGUGCUACCACUCCCAACUUUGAUCAGGACCAGCGAUGGACAUACUGCCUAGAGUCCAAGAAAGUGAAAGACCACUGCAGCAAACACAGCCCCUGCCAGAAAGGAGGGAUGUGUGUGAACACACUGACUGGCCCUCACUGCUUCUGUCCAGAACAUCUCACUGGGAAGCACUGCCAGAAAGAGAAGUGCUUCGAGCCUCAGCUUCUCCGGUUCUUCCGUGAGAAUGAGACAUGGUACAGAUCGCAGCUGGGAGGUGUGGCCAAAUGCCAGUGCAAGGGGCCUGACAACCGCUGCCAGCAGUUGGCCAGUCAGGCUUGCCUCACCAACCCAUGCCUCAACGGUGGUCGCUGCCUGGAGGCGGAGGGCCACCACCUGUGCCAUUGCCCCAUGGGCUACACGGGACCCUUCUGCGACAUAGACACUGAGGCGAGCUGCUACGAGGGCCACGGGCUCAGCUACCGCGGCAUGGCUAAGACCACACUCUCAGGUGCACAAUGUCAGCCGUGGACCUCUGAGGCCACCUACAGGAAUGUGACUGCUGAACAAGCGCUGAAGUGGGGACUGGGCGGCCACGCCUAUUGCCGGAACCCGGACAAUGACACCCGCCCAUGGUGCUUCGUGUUGAGCGGCCACCGGCUGAGCUGGGAGUAUUGCGACCUGGCACCGUGCCAGCCCCCAGCCAGGACAGCGCCUCCAAUCCGGGUCCCCCCGGGGCGUCAGGACCUGCCCUUGCCCCCGCAUCCGUCAUUGCAGAAGCCUCAGUCCACGACCCAGACCCGGCCUCAGUCCCCGACCCCAGGUUUGCUCGCGAAGCCGGAGCAGCAGUCUUCCCUGCCCGGGACCCGCCUGCUCGGCUGCGGACAGCGGCUCCGCAAGCGGCUGUCCUCGGUGAGACGCGUCGUUGGCGGACUGGUGGCGCUUCCCGGGACGCACCCUUAUAUCGCAGCACUGUAUUGGGGCCACAGUUUCUGCGCCGGUAGCCUCAUCGCCCCCUGCUGGGUGCUGACAGCAGCGCACUGCCUGCAGGACCGGCCGGCGCCAGAGGAGCUGACGGUGGUUCUUGGCCAGGACCGCCAUAACCAGAGUUGUGAGCAGUGCCAGACGCUGGCUGUGCGCUCCUACAGCCUGCAUGAGGCCUUCUCACCCAUCAGCUACCAGCAUGACCUUGCUCUUCUGCGCCUACAGGAGAGCGCGGACGGCAACUGCGCGCUCCUGUCGCCUUACGUUCAGCCGGUAUGUUUGCCGAGCAGUGCCGCUAGACGAGCCGAACCCAAGGCCGCACUCUGCGAAGUGGCCGGGUGGGGCCACCAGUUUGAAGGGGCGGAGGAAUAUUCCAGCUUCUUGCAGGAGGCGCAGGUGCCCUUCAUCUCCCUGGAACGCUGCUCCGCCCCAGACGUUCAUGGAGACUCCAUCCUCCCUGGCAUGCUCUGCGCUGGCUUCCUCGAGGGCGGCACUGAUGCAUGCCAGGGUGACUCUGGAGGCCCACUGGUGUGUGAGGACGAGGCCGCUGAGCACCGGCUCACUCUUCGAGGCAUCAUCAGCUGGGGCUCAGGCUGUGGUGACCGCAAUAAGCCAGGUGUCUACACCGAUGUGACAAAUUACCUGGCUUGGAUCCAGGAGCACACUGCUUCGUGAUUGUCCAGGGACUUGUCUUUUCCCCCUUCAUGAUUCCAUAAUGGGUCAGUGACCAGGUUGAUCAUGGACAGCAAAGAUUGUGUUCCAUUCUGUCUCCCCAACCCCCAACAUCACCAUCUCUGCACCAAGCAUGGUGCAAAAACCCAAUAAAUGCUUUGAAAAUACUGA